CAAGAACGCCAACAGCAAGCGACGACGAUGGAGGCAGCGCUGUUUGGGGACGCUGCGCACUGCAAGGCAAAGCUGGACGUUGCGCUGGGGGCGCACAAGAAACGCUACUGGCGCAUGUUCUCGCAGUACAUCAAGGGGAAACGCACGCGCGAACAGUUUGAUCGCCUAGCAGCAAAGUGCCUCGGCAGACUGAACGGCCAUCUUCACAACGACUUCAUCCUCACCGUUUUCCAGAGUGCAGAGUCUGCAACAAACAAGAAGAAACCUGAUGUGCAGCCGCCUCCGGCACCAAAGCCAACACAACUUAGCAGAGACUCGUCCAGCUGGCUCGCCCAGUUUGAUCGCGACCUGGAGCCAGCGGCAGACCCGCUCAAGGUUGACCCCAAAGUGCUGCGCAGUGCUGUUGAUACGGAGUAUCGGGCCACGCCAGCGCCCGUCACCCUCUCCAAACUGCGCGCAGCUACCAUCGUUGCCGCGUCGGAGAACGGCAUGAGAGAUGUGGAGCCUGCCGUGUUUGAUGUGCUCAACGCCGCGUGUCAGACGAUGAUGAAGAACCUGCUGGAGGAGGCGAUAGUGUAUGGCGGCAAGUUCUUCUCCAUGUACCAGAACAACACUCGGCACAGCUUCCGCAACCGGCGAAACAAGCGCAGCGUCAUCACGCCAUCAACCCUCCUCCUUGCAUCAAGCGCCAGGCCGAAGCUGCUUGGCUCCCUGUUCCGCACCGUCCAAGAAUCGUUUGCCCUGCGCUGCGAAAACCCAACAGUGCUGCCAAAGACCCACGCCAACCUCAACGCAAGCACCACCAGCAGUGGCGGUGGAGGUGGAUGAAGAAACGAUUCCACCGACUUCCGGCCGGCCUUCUUCUUUUUUUUUUUUUUUCUCUCUUUUCCUCUUCCUCCCCUCUUUCCUUUUCCCUUGUCCUUUCUCUCUUCCUUGUUCAUAACACGCACGCACACACACACACACACACACACACACACACACACACACACACACACACACACACACACACACACACACACGCACACACACACACACACAUUACACACACACGCGCGCGCGCGCGC